AUAAUUGUAUUGUGUAUAGACACAGCUAGCUAUGUAGUGUUACUGGCUGUAGACAAACACACGUGCAUUCAAUUUACAUUUCGCGUGCAUUAUCAUUUCUGCAACACAGUCACAAAUCAGUUCGCGACGUCCAGGAUUCUUCACAAAAAAAUCAUGGCCGCUCAAUUAGAAUGGGAAAAGAAACUUUUACUUGGGACUACCGCGGGGACAGUAUUUGCUUUUUUGAUUCAAGUUGUGGCAUUAGGAACAAAUCAUUGGCUUACAUUCGAGAUUCCAAAUGGACUAUAUGUGAAUAAAACUGGAAAAUACUUAUAUGAAUCAUACAGUGGACUCUGGAGAAUAUGUAUAACAGAAUUCACGAAAAAUAGCAAAGGAGAAAGAAUUUAUCAAGAAACAUGCAAAGAUCAUAAUUUAUUCCCAACAGAGAUGGAGCUUUAUCAUGAUCAUUCUUUAGAUAUGAAAAUACUAGAUUAUAUGCGCACAGGGACAGCUUUUGGAAUUAUCGCCGUUACAGUUAUGGUGAUUGGUCACAUGUUUGCAUUUUAUGCCCUUAGAAGGCCUAGAUACAUAGUGAAGCGACUGACAGCUUUAAUUCAUUUUAUGACAGCUGCCUGUGUUUUGGUUGAAAACGAGGUCUUUAUCAGAAGAACAGAGUAUGCAAAGACAAAGCUUCCCCUGCGACUCCCUAAAGAAGCAGAUCACUCCUACGGAUACUCCUUUGUUUUAUCUUGGAUAUGUUUUGUCAUUUUCCUGGGAGCAGGAUGUGUGUUUCUAUUUUCGUCUCAUAAAAGGAAAGCCGACAAUUUGAACGAAGAAUUGGAUGAUUUAGAAAUAGAUGAACCAAUUGCAAUUAGACGAUGAUUAAAAUCCCGGUACAACUCAGUUCCGGUAAAAAUGGGUUUUCUGUUUUUAUCAUGGCAAACAAGGACGAAAUCCGAGAAAGAAUAACUGAUUCAAUUUUAAUUUUGAACACAGUUUUUAUUAUAUGCAUGCAAGUCCGAAACCUGGAGUGACAAGAAAGAACCAGAACGAAAUACAAGUCAAUGCAUUUACACAGUACUGUUUAUUUGUCAUAAUUCCAAAAAAAAGAUUUUCAUUUUCUAAGAGACGACAUAUUGUUGACAUCACUAGGCUACAAGUGAGAUACGUUGUGGAAGGAUGGUUUUUUGUAUUUGAUUUUUCUCUGUUUCAUUUUAAAAAAAUCUACUACAUUUUUUUGUAAAUAUUUUAUGUUGUAUCUUGCUCAACUUUCUUUUUAUUUGUUUCGAAUGCAAAUUAAAAUGCUCAAUUAAGUACACGAUUUUCCAUUACAAAAUUUCAGUCACAAUACAUUUUGAAUACGAUUACUGUAAAUUCAGAAAUUAUUGCGUGCAUUUAUUGUUGCAAUUAUUGAAGAAAGGGCAUAAAUGCGGGAAUAAUUAUUGGGAUUUCAGGAAACGAUGCAUACAGAUAUAUGCAUCAGAUACCAGAAUGCGACUUCUUAUUAUUGCGAUACUCAUCCGGUCGGAUUAUUCGCAUAAAUAAAAACAACACAAUAAUUUCUGAAUUUACAGUAUGUGCUAAUCACUUCUCAAAACCAAAAUAACGCAAACGAAAGUACACAGUUAACAGUAACUUAUCAAAUUUUAGGAAUUUGAUGUACUAAUAUGCUCACAGUAAUUUAAAAGUAUGGAUUGCCCGGCAUAAAUUACACGUGUACAAUUGCGGAUUAUAUAAAGUUUUGCGAAAGUCUUGCAAAUUGUAUAUUGAAUAUUUCAAAAUAAAACAAAUUAUUUCAAAAUAUAUGUUUUUCAUAAAAAAUAGGUCAAAUUGCAAAUAUUAAGCAAUUCGGGGGAGGGGUUACCGAGAGGGUCCGGCUUCCCUAAUGGCCGAAAAGUUGUGUUGUUAAUACAUUUUAUUGAUUGUAGAUUGCUGUGCUCCUCUCUUACACUUAGUUUUGAAAAAAAAAAACUACCAAUGAUAAAAUAAGGGACAUAUUACAUGAAAGUUACAAAUGUUUACUUUUCCAUCCCUUUGUUUAUACUUUCCUCUUGUUCAUUUCUUCGAUGAAAAAUAAUUUAAUUUAUUGGCAUGGAAUUGACGAUACUUCAUAACAUGUUCAAAAAUAUACAUAAGUAUAGAUUUGUUUGAUAAUCUUUUUUUUUCAUAUUUACUCUUAACCUAUAACAUGUUGUGUAUUCCAUUUGUCUUCUUGAUAACAGUUUUAAUAUUUUUUUCAGUUGCAAGUAUUACAAAAUCUUUGUAUAUUACAUGUACAUAUUUUAAUUUAAAUGCCUGUUACAUAUGUUAUUUGCACUAUUUUACAUGUAUCUAUUUUUUUUCUAUUUACCAAAGUUCACUACUUUUUACCAUUUUUCAAUAAAUAAAUAAAAAAAUAA